CCGCCGGCUCCAGUGAACGACGAUUCUUCUCUGCCCUCGAGAGCUCGCUCGCGCUCUCGCUCAUCGCUCGUGAGAUCGUUCGGAGCACAACAGGUCCGUGGACUCGGGACUCUCGAUUGCGAGGAGCCGAGUCGAUCGACCGAUUGGAGAAGUGAUAGAGAGCGAGAUUAGAUUAGAGAAGCGAUAGGACUUGAGAACUCGGGUGAUUGAGUGCGGCGACGCAGCGAUCGGAGGGCGUGAUUGUGAUUUUGAGCUUUCCGGAUCGAAAAAGGGGUCGCGAUUGCUUUCUCGGCGCAAGGGAUUCGUGAUAUGGACGCAGAUACAUGUGACCGAUGCACGCGAUCUCUCACCCUCACCUGGUACGUGCCGGAUCACGAUCUGUGCUACUCGUGCUUCGCCAAGGAGAAUUCAUCAGCGCCCUGGUAUGCCUACGACACGCCGGUCUCGGAAGUGCGCUGCAAUGGAUGCUCGAUGAUGGUCGAUGGCAUCAAGUACACUCCCGCCACCAAUCUCUGCCAUGGUUGCUUCUCCCAAACCGAUGAUCUCGAGCACGCCCCGUACCGCCUCACGAACUCCGGGUCCUUCCCCCUCCAGCCCGGCAGCCCCGUCAGUUCCUGCAGGCUCGAGCAAAGUUGUUCGAGCUCGUGGUCUUGUGAUGAAUGCAAGGUCCAGCUGAUGGGAACAUGGUACAGGCCGGAUUAUGAUCUGUGCUACGGGUGCUACAAGAAAAGAUUGCCCCUGGGCUCGAGGUGGUACGCCUACGAGGGUGCUCAGUCCAGUGAGACGCAAUGCGACGAGUGCAAGGUCAUCAUCAGUGGAGUCAAGCUCACCGUCUCGUACGACAUUUGCCAGCCCUGCGCGCAAAUGAAACCUUACUAUGCCCCGCUGAAUUGUGGGUACCGUCCCUCAAAUUGCCACUCCUGCCCGGACGCCCUCGGAGCAGUCGUCAUCAGAUUUUGGCCUGCACCUUCCUCGGACCACAAACUUGCAGGAGUUCCAACCCCUCAUCUCGUCCUGAUUGCAACCCAUUACGCGCAGUCGGCUCGGUCGUCCUCGUUCAAGAUAUACAACGACGUUGUGGAGGUCGGCCGCGAUGCAGCUCUGUCGUUCGUGACCAAUUCGCAUUCGUGCCUCUCCCUGUCGAAGGCAUGGAAAGGCCUGCACGGUAGUAAGGAUAAGAAGGACAAGAAGAUUCUGAAGAAGGUGGAGGCGGAGUUGAAAGUGCGCGAAGUUCACUUUCACGAUCCAGAUUGUCAAUUUCCACUGAUGGGAGGCGUCCAACACGCAGCCAAGGCUUUCUUAGCCACCAUCGACGGUCAACAGCUCGUCAAGGAUUUGCUUUCCCACAGAUAAUCACGCUCCGACUCAAUUCCCCAUUGAGUAGGAAAUGCUGUCCGUCAAAUCAUUGUCAAAUCCUCCAUUCCCUGCCACCACAGAGGACACAGGAGGUCUCAUAGGAAAGAUACAGGUGCCCGCAGCUCUCGAGCAGAAGGAAGCAUGCGGUUUGCCAUCUCCGACCCGUCAAGCACUCGGGAGCAUCGUUGGGUCCUCUCUCCAUAUUUGUAUAGGUCAUUCAUUACCGUCCCCCCUUAAACCUUCAGCUCCAACUGUCAAAAGGCCUGCAGCUUUGGCAGCGGAGCUCGCAUGACCCACUCCGAAUUCCAUCAUAGCGUUCACCAACUGCAGAGGCCAGACGAGUUCCCUGUGCAUCGUCAAGUCGACUCAUGACAGCCUUCUUCACAGCAGGUUGUGGUCUGGGUACUUCAGACGAUGGCGCUCGCUCGCUGGAGAGGUGAUUCAUACGAGAGGAAGUGGUUCUAAGCUAUGAUGGACUGCUGUCAUCGGGAGAUGGAUGUCAGGUCCCUUCAAGAUAACUUCAUGAUUUCAGGUUUUUGCACUUUACAGUCUGCAGGCUCUUGUCACCUGGAGUCGGUGUCCAAUUUUGCCAUGAACUCGCGCAGCUCAUGAUCAACAUCUUCUUCACGCAAAGCUGCGUCUCGUGGAGUAUCGGUGUCGCAACGACUGAACAAGUAUAAUUUGUUGAAAUCACUUCGUAUAGGAUUAGCACCAAAGUACCAAGUGCCACGUUUUGCUCUUGUCUUUUGAGUCCGUCCAUCGCCUGAAGAGUAGAUGAAAAAACGCCACAAACAAGGAAUGUAUCGCCGGGCAAAACUCAACGAAGUGAAGGGGCUGAUGUUUUUUUUGCGCCCUGAGCUUACGCCCUGCCAGCACUAGCGCUAGUUCUCUUCGUGUCAAUUCUGAUCCCAGCGAAAUACGCUUGAAAUCUAAUAUCAUGGUUGUAUGAGUCCCCUCUCGUUUGAAAUCUCUACACCUUUUCCACCUCCGGCAUGCGCCUUACUUCACUGACAGGGAUUGCCGAGCAAUUUUUUAAAUAAUGUACAGAAGUAUCUCAAGCUAGUGAGCAAUCCACCGCUGUGAUCCAUCCGCCCCUGCUUGAGAUUCGAUGUACAUAAUCCUUAAACUUGCUGUACAAGGUUCCG